UCGAGGCUGCUCUGUCUCCCUCCUUCCUUGUCUGUCGCAUUUCAGCAGGAGCGCCAGCAGAGAGGGUGCCUCGGGGUCGAAGGUUCUGCCCUGCUCGCCGCGACCUCGACCUCUCGACGCGCGGAAAACAUCCGGUUCCCCCUUAACGCUCCGUCCUUCCCGGUAAUUCAGCGGACCGGCCCGGACUGCUUUAAAGCGAAACAGGAAAACGUAUACUCGAAUCGUUUCGCAAAAAAAAAGAAAAGAAAAAAAAAGAUCGCUGGAGAAGAAAGCGCAGCACAAAGCGGUGAGGCGAGGGCUCAGGUAAGGGUGAGGGCAGCAGGUGUGGAGGAUGGUCGCAGCGCAGCACGUAGCUGCCCCUCGCUGAUCUGCCCAUGCCCCAGCGAACAUCACUAUGGCGCGCAGAACCUCAUCCCAGAGCAAGGUGACCAUCUCUGUGGACGAGUACAGCUCCAACCCCACCCAGGCCUUCACUCACUACAACAUCAACCAGAGUCGCUUCCAGCCCCCCCAUGUGCACAUGGUGGAGCCCAUUCCAUACGAUGCCCCCAAGCCAGCGGGUCACACGCGCUUUGUGUGUGUCUCGGACACGCACUCGAGGACAGACAGCAUCCAGAUGCCAUAUGGUGAUGUCCUGCUCCACACCGGCGACUUCACCGAGCUGGGUCUGCCGUCUGAGGUGAAGAAAUUUAACGACUGGUUAGGCGGUCUCCCCUACGAGUACAAAGUAAUUAUUGCGGGGAACCAUGAGCUGACCUUCGACAAGGACUUCAUGGCUGAACUGGUCAAGCAGGACUACUAUCGCUUCCCCUCUGUGUCAAAGCUGCGUCCUGAGGACUUUGAUAAUGUUCAGUCACUUCUCACAAACUGCAUGUACCUACAGGACACCGAAGUCAUGGUCAAAGGGUUCAGGAUAUACGGGACCCCCUGGACUCCCUGGUUUAAUGGAUGGGGCUUUAACUUGCCUCGUGGUCAGUCUUUGCUGGACAAGUGGAACCAGAUCCCAGAGGACAUUGACAUCUUGAUGACUCAUGGGCCUCCUCUGGGGUUCAGGGACUGGGUGCCGAAGGAGCUCCAGAGAGUGGGCUGUGUAGAGUUACUCAACACGGUACAGAGACGGGUCCGGCCUAAGCUCCAUGUCUACGGUGGGAUCCAUGAAGGGUAUGGCCUAAUGACAGAUGGAUAUACCACAUUUAUCAACUCCUCAACAUGUACAGUCAGUUUCCAGCCCACCAACCCUCCAAUCAUAUUUGACCUUCCCAAUCCAGGAAGCUCGUGAGAAUCAGCCCACCCGCAAAAGGCCACUUUUUUUCUACUUUACACUUCUUAACUUUAACAGUCCUUUUGUACUGCUUGUAUUUAAAAAAAUUACCGCAUGGAUAUGUAAUAUUUUUAAAGAUUUAAGAUCAUGCCGUUUGAAUAAUUUUGAUUUGCUGGAAAAGGGAAAAAACAAACGUGAAUUCAUAUUUAUGACCCCACUGGAUGUGUUAUCUUGUUACAUUUCUUUCAGCCUGAAAACAAAGUGUAUUAUAAAGGAACCCUUGAGAGGCUCAGCAAUGCUCGUGUGUGUUUGCACAGCACAUUCUGGCGGGGUAAACACAGAGCAGGCUGUGCUAUUUAAGGCCAUUUCUUCCAUCCUUUACAGUUUUAGAGCUGAACACUCCGUGGGUCGUUACUCGGAGGAUUUGCGUUGCUAAAGUCCAGCCCAGUAAGCACACCCCUGGCUCUUCAUGCUUUGGUAUAUUUAUUGGUGCAAUCAAACCAAUUGCUUUUAUCCUGUCAGGAGAAUGCAUCCUGUGUGUAGUUCGAGUCACGCGCCAUCCUCAGAAAUUUUAUUCCCACUGUAUAUUCAGAGAGGAUUGGGUGAAGUGACAAGGCCCUCAGCGGAAGUGAUUUAGGUUUAUGGAACAUGGAGUUGUGGAGUUUGAAUGGCUCUGUGCGUUAUUCCUGCAUGGCUUCUGUCCUGCCAAGGCAGUGCAGUGGCUAUGGAAUUACCAUAGGGUCAGGAGUUUAGAUCAGAUGUUUGUUAAAAAUCCCACUUCAAAUUAAAUUCUUAGACUCUUAACUUUCUUUCUGUCAAGUCAGACCUGGGUGUGAAUUUGACCAGGAACUGGAAAAAAAAAAAUGUCUGUGAAUACAUUUUGUCUUCAAUUCCCAUCUGGUGGACUUCCGUUGCCUUGUAAUUAAUGUGUUUGUUGUAUUUUGCCCCAUUUAAAAUUACAAUCUUGCUAGCAUACACACAGGAAAAAAAUAUUUUAUGGUCAGGAUCUCACUGCUGCCAUUGUAAAUGCUGCAUUUCCAUGUUCAUGGGUUUUUUUUUUUUUACUCAUUGUGUCAUUUACUCAACUUUAUAUGCAAAUAAAACUGCGAGAUUUGUA